AUGCACUUCAACCUCAUUCGUAUAUACUCAAAUCAACAUGUUUGCUCACAGUGGACUGCUCGAGGCACACCGACAGAGCACUUGGACGCCAAAAAGAAGGACAAAAUGUCCCAAAAGGUCAAAUCCAAGGUGGGGAGUACCGCAAAGUCCGCUUUGGCCAAGACCAAGGAGAAGUUGGCGGAGAGCAAGGCGAAGAAAGAGGCCAAGAAGGCGGAGAAGGAGGAGGGGAAGAAGACAAGGAUCGAUUCAGUAGUGGAUUGA